GACUGGGCUUCACAUGUUCUCUGCCCUGACAACAGCACACUACUCUGUGAAGUGGCCGGGAGGAAACGUUCUGUACUGUAGACUCAAACAGCAUGGGGGACUUUCAGCAAUUUGAGCAGGACUUCUACCAUACAGGAUAUUACAUAGACGACCAGGGUCACACCGUGGCCUACGACGACACCUAUGAUUCCACCAGCCCUGCUUAUUACGACAGUGGAGCACAGGCUUUUGCGUCGAGUGCUCUGGAUCCUUCCGUGGAGCAGCAGCACGCUGGACAGUUCUACCAACCUGCGAUGCUUUCUGGGGAUGAUGAAGAAGAAGAACCUACUCUUCUUGAGGAACUCGGCAUCAGUUUCGAUCACAUCUGGCAGAAGACGCUGACGGUGUUGAACCCUUUCAAGCCUGCUGACGGCAGCAUUAUGAAUGAGACUGAUCUGACAGGUCCUAUCCUCUUCUGCGUUGCUCUGGGGGUCACUUUAAUCAUGGCAGGUAAAGCUCACUUUGGUUAUGUGUAUGGGAUCAGUGCUGCAGCCUGUAUUGGGAUGUACAUUCUGCUGAGUCUGAUGAGUUCCCUGGCAGUGUCUUAUGGCUGUGUGGCCAGCGUCCUGGGCUACUGCCUCCUGCCCAUGGUGGCCCUCUCUGCAGUCGCUGUCUUCUACUCUUUGCAAGGCAUCCCGGGUACACUUCUGGCCUUGUUAGGAAUCUGUUGGUGUAGUCUCUCUGCCUCCAAGAUCUUCAUCUCCACCCUGGCUAUGGAAGGCCAGCAGCUAUUGGUGGCUUACCCAUGUGCCCUGCUCUAUGGACUCUUUGCACUGCUCACUGUAUUCUAAUUAUCACCAGACUAAAGCCCACAGGAGUCAAGUCAAAGGGAGGUUUUGUUUUUCACCCCUGUCUUAGGUAAAGCAGUCAAGGGGAUUUAAAGGGAAUUUGGGAACAUGGUGGAUGAUUGAAGGUGAAAGGAUUAACAUAGUCACUGAUUCUAAAUAUCUUGGCCUGAUACUGGAUCCAAAUUUGAACUUUAAAAAAUGGUUAAAACGACAAAGUACAACAAUUUUAUAUAUAUAUAUAUUUAUGCAUGCUAGUGAAAGUGAGUGUGACCUCCUGAGUCCUUAUACAAACUCUAAAAACUCUGGACAAAAAGCCACUACAUUGUCAUCACUGUAGGCUACUGGAGAACAAUUUAAAAACAAAUCACUGAGCUUUGAGAAUUUUUUUAUCAUUUUCAAAUUUGUGACUGGUUUAUUAAAAGUUGUACUAUAUUAUUUAUUACAGUUAUUUAUAGUGACCUGUGUAUGAUCCCUCAGUAAAUUCUAUUAGAUCCUCAAGAAUAUUCUCUAUAUGAAAUUGUACCAUACGAUUUCGCCGCACUUUGGCCAAUCAGCUUUUUCUGUAAAAGCCCCAAAUGAGUGAAACACCUUGACGAUGCUCAGCUCUGUACUCACUGACCUUGAAUUCUAUCUUAUGGGCUUUAUGACUUGCUUUUAUCUGACAAGCAUACAUUUGCGAUGUACUAUUGUGUGUAAUUUGUAUUGUGUGUUCUUUUUUGUAUAACUUUGCCAAGGGACUACAGAAUCAAAUUAUCUUAAAGCUAAUCUGGUACGGUACAUCAUGGUGAAAUUUACAUUUUAUACUGUAAUGUUACAGAGCUUCAAUUUAGUUUUAUUAUUUAUUGAAGCUAUAUUUAAUACUUACAUCUUAAAUAGUACCUUCAUGCCCUGUAUGUUAUUUAUUCUGUCCGAAAAGAUUUUGAUGAAUAAAUAUUUAUCUAAUAAGUGUAUCUGACA